AGCAUAUCACAUUGUUGCCACUGCAUCAGUAUCACCACAGCACAAAAGCACACAGGCCUAACAAAACUCCGAGAAACACAAUUAUUGUGUUGCAAUUACAAUGUCGAAAAGAAAUGAUGCAAAGCCGCUGAUAUUACCCUUGACAUCCGAUGAUAUUGUCGGAGAGGCGCCAACAAGCUCACAAUUUGACAGGCUAUCUGUUGCAAGUUCAAUGCCUUCACAAAGCUCUCUUCCAUCACUAUCCACCUAUGCACAAAGACAAUCUCAUCGUAGUAGGUUAAAGAAGAUACGAGACAACCUGAACUCUCGGUUUAAAGUCCCCAAGUACUUUAAGCGUAUGGUUGUGUUCAAUUCAUUGGACUUUGAGACCGCGUUUUGGGAAAUGAUGAACUUGAUUUACAAUCCGAAACGAGUCUACAAGUCUUUGUAUUACCAAAAACAAACGAAGAACAAAUGGGCAAGAGAUGACCCUAGUUUUGUUUUGAUAUUGUGCUUUUUUCUCACCAUAUCGGCUGUAUUUUGGGGAAUAAUGUAUGCUCCAGGAGUGGUUGGGAUAUUAAAAUUGAUCCUAUAUAUGGUGGUUGUGGACUUUUUACUUUUUGGGUUAGUCAUUGCCACAAUCGGUUGGGUUUUAGGGAAUAGAUUUUUCUUAUUACCAGAGGCUCAGCCAGUACGGGACUCGAGUCGUCCAGAUACGAUUUUCAGCAAAUACUUCAAGUUUGAUCCAGUGUUGGAAUGGUCUUACUGUUUUGAUGUACACUGCAAUGCAUACUUGAUCAUAUGGAUUUCGCUUUACUUGUUGCAAUUUUUUUUAAUCCCGCUGCUCAGAAUGAACAAUAUUGUAUCUACAGUUUUGGGAAACACAUUGUACCUAAUUGCGCUAUCUUACUACUUCAUCAUUACCUUUUAUGGUUACAAUGCUUUACCAUUUUUACACAAGACAGAAUACUUAUUGCUACCUUUGGCAGGAUUUGCAGUAGCUUGGACAGUAUUGACGUUGUCAGGCGUUAACAUUGCGAACGUUAUGAGCAACUCGUAUUUCGAUUGAUUUCUUUUAUCGUUUACAAUCUUUGUAUACUAACAAUCUGUUUUAUAGACUCAUAUAAAUGCAUAUAUAUCUACAUUAGACAAAUACUUUACUCGUAGGAGAACGAUAUUUCUCCGAAACUA